GAUGUUACUAAAGUUGGUUUAGAAGGCAUUUGGUUUGUGUUGGUUGGUGUUUUGUGAAGGGUUGGUUGUGUCAGAAGUGUUAGGAUGUUAGUAAACGUAAUUUAGAGGGUCUUAGUACUGUGGCUGGUUGUUAAGUGUGUGAUGGUGAGGUUUGGUUGUGUCAAAAGUUUUAGGAUAUUACUAAUUUUGGUUUAGCUGGUGUUGGUUCUAGGAGCAAGGUGUUAGCAAGUGUUUGAUAGAGGUUUGGUGGAGGUUUUUUGUGUCAGUAGUAAAAGUUGCUUUGCUACAUUGCAAGUUGGUUUAGAAGGUGUAUGGUUUGUGUUGCUGGUGUUUGGUGGAGGUUUGGAUGUGUCAAAAGUGUUAGUAUAUUACUAUUAGGUUGGUUCAGAAGGUUGCGAUGCUUGUUUUAGGUGUUGGGAUGUGUGCUAGUUGGUGUUUUGGGAAGGUUUGGGUGUGUCAGAAGUGUUAGAAUGUUAGUAAAGGUGAUUUAGAGGGUCUUAGUAUUAGUGCUGGUUGUUGGAUGUGUUAGUUGGUGUUUUGUGGAGGUUUGUUCAUGUCAGAAGUGUUAGGAUAUUCCUAAAGUAGGUUCAGAGGCUGUUGAGGUUGGUUUUAGGUGUCAGGAUGUGUGUUAGUUGGUGUUUUGUGAAGGUUUGGUUGUGUUAGAAUAUUACUAAAGUUGCUUCAGAAGACGUUUGGUUAGUAGGUGUUUGGUGGAGGUUGGUUUCUGUCAGAAGUGUUAGGAUAUUACUAAAUGUGGUGUAGCUGGUGUUGGUUCCAGGGGCAAGGUGUUAGCUGGUGUUUGAUAGAGGUUUGGUGGAGUUUUUUGUCAGAAAUAGUAAAAGUUGCUUUGCUACAUUGCUAAAGUUGGUUUAGAAGGCGUUUGGUUUAUACUGUUGGUAUUUUGUGGAGGUUUGGCUGUGUCAGAAGUGUUAGGAUAUUAAUAACGGUAAUUUAGAUGGUUUUGGUACUGGUGCUGGUUGUUGAGUGUGUGUUAGUAAGUGUUUUGUGGAGGUUUGGUUGUGUCAAAGGUGUUAGGAUAUUAAUAUUAAGUUGAUUACGAAGGUGUUUGGUUUGUGUUAGUAGGUGUUUGGUGGAGGUUUGAUUGUGUCAAGAAGUGUUCAGAUAUUGUUCAUGUUUGUGUUUUGUGUUUUGAAGGUUUGUUCAGUGUCAGAAGUGUAAGGACAUUCCUAAAGUUGGUUCAGAUGGUUUUGGUGUUGAAUUUAGGUGUUUGAUAGAGGUUUUGGCAGUGUCAAAAGUUUUAGGACAUUUCUAAAGUCGAUUCAGUUCAAGUUUUGCUGUUGUGUUUAGGUGUUGGAGGAUGUGUUAGUUGGUGUUAGGUGGAGUUGUUUGCAGUGUCAGAAGUCUUAGGACAUAGCUAAAAUUGGUUCAGUAGGUGUUACGUGUUGGUUUUAGGCAUUAGGCUGUGGUAAUAAGUGUUUGGUGGAAGUAAGGUCUUGUCAGAAAUGUUAGGACAUGUCUGAAGUUGGUUCCGAAGGUGUUUGUGUUGGUUAAAGAGUCCUUAGUUGUUGUGGCUUGUGUUAGUAGGUGUUUUGUGGAGGCUUGGUCGUGUGAUACUGGUCCUGGUUGUUGGAUAUGUGUUAGUCGGUGUUUGGUGGAGUAUUGAUUGUGUCAGAAGUGUUAGUAUAUUACUAAAGUUGGUUUAGAAGGCGUUUGGUUUAUACUGUUGGUGUUUUGUGGAGGUUUGUCUGUGUCAGAAGUGUUAGUAUAUUACUAAAGUUGGUUUAGAAGGCUUUUGGUGGAGAUUUGUUUGUGUCGGAAGUGUUAGGACACUCCUAAAGUUGGUUUAGAGGGUCUUUGUGCUGUGUGUGUUAGCAGUGUAAAUCACUUCCUCAGUGGUGUCAGGUUACACAACUCCUCAGCCACAGCAUGGCUACAGGAUCGAGCUUGGACAUUUACAUGAAGUCCUCGGACUUGAUCAGGAAGAAGCGGCUGGACUAUGGAGGCUUUGGAGAGGUUUACCUGUGCUACCACAAAACCCUGGGCCAGGUGGUGCAGAAGACCGUGUACACGGGACCACCUCGAAAUGAGCAGAAGCCGUCUCUGCUGGAAGAGGGCAGUCUGAUGAGCCGGCUGAACCACGAGCGCGUGGUGAAGCUGCUGGGGGUGAUUCUGGAGGAUGGAGAUUACUCUCUGGUGAUGGAGCUGAUUCCUCGAGGCAAUCUGCUGGCCAUGCUGGAGAGGGUCAGUGUUCCCAUAUCCAUCAAAGGAAGGAUCAUUCUGGAGAUCUUGGAGGGAAUGGUUUAUCUAACCAACAACCAAGUCAUUCACAAGGAUCUGAAGCCGGAGAACAUCUUAGUGGACGAGCAUUUCCACGUGAAGAUUGCAGAUCUUGGUCUGGCCACUCAUCAGACGUGGAGUAAGCUGACCCGGGACGAGUCCCGCAGACAGAGCCGGCUGGGUGUGAACAGGAAGUCGUCGGUGCGAGCAGCCGGGACGCUGUGCUACAUGGCUCCCGAACACCUGGAGAGCGUUCACACUCGCUCUAGUGAAAAAUCUGACGUCUACAGCUUCGCCAUCGUCGUCUGGGUCGUCCUCACCAGCCAGGAACCGUACGAGAAUGCAAGAAGUGAAGAUCAGAUCUGUCAGUGUGUGCGUCAGGGAGACCGCCCCGAUGAGCAGCUCAUUCCAGAUGAUGCACCGCCAGAGAUCACCCGCCUCAUGAAAGCCUGCUGGGACCAGGACCCUCAGAAACGACCCACCUUUAAAGAAAGCUAUAAUUCAUUCUUGCCAGUCUACAGGGAGAAGCUGGAGACGGAUGUGGAGAAGGAUCUGCAUGGUCUAAUGGAUUUAUAUGAAGGACCUUCAGAUCUGGUAGAGAAGAUGAAGGCCUUGUCAACGGAGCUGCCGCCGGCUAAUGCAGGACUGGAGCCCCCAUCCUAUCCGCAGAGCACCAGAGACUCUCCCACCCCCCUGCGGAGUUCAGAUCUGGGGCCGGUGGAGGCCAGCAUCGAGGACCUCAGCCUGUUUUCAGCAGAGAGCCUUCAGGUGGACGCAGCUCCGUGCAGCCCGCCCAACCUGGACCAGAAACUAGCCCAGGAGUUCAACUACCACAAGUGGGGCAGCUACACCCGAACGGAGCCGCCCGACCUCAGCCCCUACAGCUACUCCACUCAGUCCUCGCAGGCCGUGGCCAAUCACAGGCAGGCUGGAGAUCUUCCCCAGCAGGUGUCCUCGGUCCAGUCUUGGACCAAACCCAGCCCUCAGCCGAGCGCUCCGGAGGAAGCCUGGAUGCAGCCGUCAGUUCCGGGUCCUUUUGAGGGUCAGCACAGACCUCAUUACGAGAAUCAGAUGUCCGGCCCGUAUCCACAUCAUUACGACCCCUACCAGCGCCAGCACCCGCAGUUCAACCGCCUGCAGUCCUGGCCCGGGGUGGCACCGCACCCGAUGUCCGAAUCUACCCCUAAGGAAUCAUGCGCUGGUCUGCGUGUUAGCUCACCUGUAAUAUGCCCACAGCCAGAAACAGGGCCAUCACUGUACAUCACUCAAGCCAGCGGGAUCCAAAUCGGGAACAACAACACGAUGAACUUCCGUAAUCCUGAAAGCUCUCUCAACUCCAUGGCCAGUUCAUCCCCCGUCAACAAGUGUAAAGAGCUGCUGCAGAAGUAUGAGGACCACACUGUCACUAAGGAUCAACUGGAUCUGGUUCAGGAGAACGUGGGUUUGAAGUGGAAGGCCUGUGCCAGGAGACUGGACCUGACGCAGAUGGAGAUUGACGAAAUCGAGCACGAUUACGACCGCGACGGCCUGAGCGAGAAGGUCCAUCAGAUGCUGGAGCGCUGGAAGAUGAAGGAGGGGUUUAGCGGCUGCACCGUGGGGAAACUGUGCCGAGCCCUGGAGAAAUGUGGCAAAGGUGACGUGAUCCUUAAGUUGCUGCUCAAAUCUCAGGAUAACACCGUUCUUUAAAACUCUACCAGCAGGAAAUGUGGUUCAUUAGUGCCUUAGGAUGGAGAUGUGGUCAUUAGUUGUUGUUUUUUUUUUUUAAGAAAUAUCGGGGGUCUUUUGUUUCUGGCUUGUGUUGAUCUGUUUUAUGUACACUUAUUACACAGAUGUCCUACUCAUUUGGUAAGACCCUUGUCUAAGACCAAGCCUUCAUUGAGUUUAAACAUGGCGUAAAAAAGGACCAGAAGCAAAGAAGAAGAAUCAGUUUGUCUAGUAAAUCCAUGUAUUUUAAUACCAAAGCUUUUACAUUGCCAUCAAAUCACAGUACCGGGGACUUCCAGUGGUCCAGCAGACUAAGUGCUUCAGCAUCAGCAGCCGGAGUCCGAGAGAGCCAAAUUGGCCAUGCUUCCUUUGAAUGGUAGAUGGUAGAUGGUCCUCUCUUCUCAUAUAAUUUCUUUAAUAAUGUUGAUCAGAUCAGAACUGGGAUGCUGCACGUUCCUCCAAGCCACUGUUGGCUACCCAAUGAUGCGGAUGGAAAAGAGGCGGAGUCUCUGAGACUUCACAAUGUAUCACAAUGUAGGAGGUGUGCGCUGGUGCUCUUUUCCCUUUUAGUGUUGGGGUCAUUACUAGUGAUGGGGGGAGUUCAUAUGAAUAUGGAUUGGGUAUUAGUUUUUCCUGUACAGCACAUCUAACUACACCUUUACACCUAACAUUAGCUGGCUGGCUAACAGCUAACUAGAUCACAUUGGCUAUAUUAUGCUAGCAUCAGACUUACCAAAAAAAAAACUGUGAUCAACACAACUUUUAGUUGACUGAUGAUUUAACUGUGACUCAGCUACUCCAUGUAAUAAUACAGACAACUGGUCUGUUCCAGUCAAUGCUGUCAAUCACUCCAUUCUUAAGUGUAGCUCCGCCUUCUUCCAGUAAAGCAGAAUAAGGUUUCUACCAGAAAAAAAUAUAUACAGCUCUGGAAACAAUUAAGAGACCACUUCAGUUUCUGAAUCAGUUUCUCAGAUUUUGCUAUUUAUAGGUACAUGUUUUACUAAAAAUGAACAUUGAAGAAAAAAAAAAAUAUAUAUAUAGAUACAUACACACAUACAUACAUUUUGGUCAAUAUUUGGUGGAAUAACCCUGGAUUUUAAUCACAGUUUUCAUGCAUCUUGGCAUCAUGUUCUCCUCCACCAGUCUUACACACUGCUUUUGGAUAACUUUAUGCCUUUACUCCUGGUGCGGAAAUUCAAGCAGUUCAGUUUGGUUUGAUGGCUUGUGAUCAUCCAUCUUCCUCUUGAUUAUAUUCCAGAGGUUUUCAAUUUGGUAAAAUCAAAGAAACUCAUCAUUUUUAAGAGCUCUCUUUUUUUCAGAGCUGUAUGUCAAUAUUAGCACAGGGUAAACAGUGUGGACAGACAGUAUAUACAAGACAGUGAGAUGGUGAAUGGGCGGGCGGGGCUGUUUUAUCAUUCCUGUAUUCAGUCAGUGGUAACAGUCAAUGAUUGGCAAAAAGCUGCAUUUAUGACAACUGACAUUUGUUUAAUAAAUGUUUAUAUAGGUUUGGUAAGUUGUUAUGACAGACAUAUAAAAGUGCCAUAUAGCUUAAACCUCUUAAAUCUCUUUCAGGAUGAUUUCGGGACGGUAAAUUAGCAUGCCUUAAAUUUGGUUAUAAAAGCCCAUAUCUGAUUGUUUAACCGGAACGCAGUAAACGCAGUGUGAUGUCAUGCCCAACUGCAACUUCCAAGGUAUACACUGCAGCUCCAACACAACAGUAUUUUGGGGGUUUUUUUGGGACGGGUUCUGGGUCCAGUGUGAAAAUGUUAGUCUGGAGCCCUGCUUGUGAACUGUUAUGUUUAUUUUUUAUAUUUGUUAUUUUUUCAGCAUUUUUAAGAGAGUGAACAGAGUGAUAAAGCGAGAAAUCUCAAAUUGUGAAUGUACACUGGACAUUUAACAAUCAAAUCACAUUAUACGUAAUGUUGCUGUUCUAUACAGUUUCACUGUAGAGAAACUACAGUGCAAGCCCGCCACAAACAGAGUAUUUUUGGUUUAAAGUGUGCUUUUGCAUACCUCAGUUGACUCUGUUUGUGGCGUGCUUGCAGAAAUGGCUUCUUUCGCACCACUCUCCCAUACAGCUUCUCCUUGUGCAAAGUGCGCUGUAUUGUUGACCGAUGCACAGUGACACCAUCUGCAGCAAGAUGAUGCUGCAGCUCUUUGGAGGUGGUCUGUGGAUUGUCCUUGACUGUUCUCACCAUUCUUCUUCUCUGCCUUUCUGAUAUUUUUCUUGGCCUGCCACUUCUGGGCUUAACAAGAACUGUCCCUGUGCUCUUCCAUUUCCUUACUAUGUUCCUCACAGUGGAAACUGACAGGUUAAAUCUCUGAGACAACUUUUUGUAUCCUUCCCCUGAACAACUAUGUUGAACAGUCGUUGUUUUUAGAUCAUUUGAGAGUUGUUUUGAUGAGCCCAUGACGCCACUCUUCAGAGGAGAUUCAAAUAGGAGAACAACUUGCAAUUGGCCGCCUUAAAUACUUUUUCUCAUGAUUGGAUACACCUGGCUAUGAGGUUCAAAGCUCAAUGAGGUUACCAAAACAAUUUUGUGCUUCAGUAAGUCAGUAAAAAGUAGUUAGGAGUAUUCAAAUCAAUAAAAUGAUAAGGGUGCCCAUACUUUUGCACCGGUCAAAGUUUUGUUUAAUGCAUAUUGCACAUUUACUGUUAGUACAAUAAACCUCAUUUAUUCACAUUAUGAUUGUUAAAGAUCAAAGGACUUUACAUGACAGUGAUGUAUUGUUUAAGUGAUGUGGAAAUACUGACCCACACUUUCAGAAACUGUGAUUAAUAAAAAGAAAAAGGCAGUGGAGUAUCCAGGUUCAUCUGUAUCUGUUAAGUGACAGAGACCGAGAUGGCAUGGACUCCACUGGAGCUCCAUCUGUCCAAAAAUGGGAGGAGUAGUUUGGGAGGGGCACUGGGUGAUGUAUGGGUUUAGAAGUGGGGCAGGAGGGAUUGGCUGAGCUGCAGCAGCAGCAGUUGGCCUCUGAUAGCGGUGAGACGCAGAUGAUUGGACGUCAGCAGGGGGGCGGUACUAUUGAUAUUAUUGAUUGACUGAUUUGCAUAUUGUAGUUUGUUUGCGUACCAAACUACACAAACACAUCCAUCACGCCUAUAGCACAGUUGAACCUGAGAGGUCGUUGCAGAGGCAGAAAUGACCAAAAAAAGAGUUUUUAAUUUUUUUUUAAAGCACUGGUAUGUUUCGUUACUUCUAAGGAACACAUUUCAGCUAUUAAUGAAAAAAAUAUAUGUUUUUGUUUUUUUAACAUUUAAAAUAAAUGUAUCUUUUUAAAUCAGAGGGUCAGAUUCAAUUCAGCAACAUCACAAUUGCUAUUGGCUAAUUUUAAAUAAAAUUAGCAUUAAUCUACAGUUCUCAAAUUGAUGCAUGCCUAGCAAUUGUUAUGUUUUUGGUUUUAAUUUGUCGUUGGAUAAUUUACCUCAUAUUUUGCUUUUUUUUAAUAUAAAUUUAGAUGUUUUAUUCACCUUUUCUUCUUUUUUCCCCCUCUUCUUCUUUUUUUUUUUUUGAUUUGUGAAUGUAUUAAAAAUAUGAAAACGGAA